UUUUCGUUCGUUGAGUGCCGUUCGGCAUUGGCUCGAAUAUUUCUUCUACGAAAUUUUUAGCGUAAGAACCUCUCGGGAAUCCGCGCAGAGACAAGCAGACAAAUCUAACACCGCAGCGCCCGGUGAUAUAUAUAUUACUGCUUGUCAUCACGUGCUUGGGUGUUUUCUUUUCAGUGACUCCUGGUUUUUUUGUUUUAUGACUGUAGGCUUCAUAAUUGUCUCGUGACGCCCCAUCGUACUUCUUUUCUUCUCCAUGUGUGCAGCCACCAGAGCACUUGCGGGAGUGGUGCGAAGCAGUCUGCGUUUUGUACCGUCAGCAGUAACCGGAGGCCGUUGGGCAGUGUCCGGUAAUUUAGCAAGAAAGUGAAUAGAUUUGGUAACCAUGAGAAAAGGCAAUGCCAAGCUCGGACGUGCCGACAGACACGCUUACCAACGGAACGUAGACAAACCGGACAAGCGCCGGCCGGCAGAAUCGCAAAGCGAGCCGGGCUCUCCAAAGCUUGUAACCGAGGGGGACGACCUUAGGACCCCUGCCAUCGGCACCCCUCCCGCAGCCGCCAUCACCACCGCGGUGGAAGACCACCCCACGGAUCCGACGGGUUCCCCUGAAAGGCGCAUUGUCAUUUACGUAGAUGAGCCAGCGACAUCACUGCCACCUAUCGGCGGGACAGCUGCGCAACGGGAGCCUCAAGAGCAUCGAGAGAAGGAGCACAGGGAAUUAGUUGCACCGGAGAUUCCGUCCCCGGCGGUGCAGCAAGCGAACCAACCGAUGGCAGUCGAAGCGGCGACGAAAGGCUCGAAGUCCCAGGUUGCAGUGCCGCAGACAAGCGCACAGCCCCUGGCCUUAGAGAAACAUCGAAGUCGGCGCCGACGCUCGGUGAAGCCGCGCGUCGGCACCAAGAGCGCGCCUGGCGCGUCGCCGACGUCCGCCGGGACUCCCGCCGACGUCCGCAACGGACACGACGCUGGAGCGCGCAACGUACCUGGCAACCGACCUUCCGAAGUUGGAGCGCCGUCCCUCACGUCGUCGCCCUUGCGCGUCCCGGCUGGUGAAAAAGAACCGCAGCAGGGACCGAGCGUGGCGUACCUUCUGGGAAUGUCUCCUGACGCCACGUCUCCAGGACCGGCUGGUCCGCCGUCGAAGGUUCCUUCUCCUACUAGGUCCCCGCCAGAGCGGGUAUGACGUCAUUCACUUGUGUUUUUUCACGUCGUUAUCUAUUCGUUUUAUUAGGCAUAACCGCGGCGCGCUCACUGGUAGCACUCUGUCGGUCAACAUUUCUUGCUGUAUGCACAAAAUUUCAGCUGAGGACGACACCCCAACGACGCGCGAAACCCGGUGGAAGAGAGAAAGAAAGCUUUCGCUUUAACAAGCUUAUUCGAAAUGGCCAUGCUGACACGACGCUUGCGAGGUUUGAGGCUUGAUAAACAUCGAAAGCUGCAACGCCGCAACCGUCCUGGUAUAACAAACGUGCGGCUCGGAGUGGGAAUAAACAGCAUACGAUCACGCGGUCCACGCUGGCGUACACGCAUGGCGCCAGGUUCUAGCUGAUCUAGCAUCUUCUGGUCCUUAAAACCAAUCGUUUCGCGAUCGCGGGUCAGAUAUCAAAACUGUACAGUGGUGCGUGGUGCAAA